AUUGCUCUUCCUCGCCCUUUUUUAUUCAGAAGAAAAAAUAUUGCAUCUUCUUCACAUUUUGAAAGUCCUAUCACUCACUACUCUUUUGUUUCCGGCUUCUCUAGUUCGACCUCGUAAAAGUAAAACGCCCCCUAGCUAGGCUGAGUUCUACAAGCUUCAACUUCACUGUUUCAUGUUUCAUGUUUGUACGUCCAGGUAACAUGUUUAUACACUGUAGCAUGAAGCUUUGACCAAAAAUAAGAUAUUCUGCAUUUUGGGAAGCACAUAGUGGCAGAGGGAUCAAAGCGGUAAGAUUGGUAAGGUCCAUACAUAAGUCAGAGCUCAAUCUUUAUUUUGGACAUUGCCUCCUUGAAAAGCUUUAGCCUUUAGGUAUGAGCUUCUGUGGGAAUCGGCGAGAGAAAGGUGAUAGCUUUAGGAUUCAUGAAAUUGAGGUGGGGCAAUACGUGAGGAAUGGAGGUGAAUCAGGUGAUUUAUUGCCAAGACCAAGGAACUCAAUGAAAAUUCGUGAACUACCUCCCUGGUUCUUUCAACCAUGGAGGAUAAUAUUUGGAGUGUCGUGUGUGCUUGCAGUAGCAAUGGAUCCUUUGUUCUUUUACGUUCCUGUGAUCAACGAAGGGAACAAGUGCAUUGAGUUGGACAAAAAGUUGAAAACCAUAUCUCUUGUUUUGCGAUCUGUUACUGAUAUCAUUGGCAUUAUAAAUAUUAUUUUGCAAGUUCUUAAUGGUUGCACAGACAAAAACUCGGGAGAAGACAUUGAUCCUAAGAAAAUACCAAGGUGGUGGCUAUACUUCCUGAUUGACAUUCUGGUUAUUCUUCCCUUCCCACAGGUGAUAAUUUUAUUUUAUUUUCGAGAACUGAAAGGCUCAACAUUUUUGAACACGAGAAAGUUGUUGACUUUUUUUGUUCUCUUCCAAUAUGUGCCAAGAGUUGUUCAAAUCUACCGAUCCUGGAAAAAUAAGAGAAAAGCCAACACAGUUUUUAAUAAAACCCCCAUAUGGGUUAAAGCUGCAUUCAAUUUCUUCUUGUACAUAGUUGCCAGCCAUGUAUUGGGAGCCUUUUGGUAUUUUCUUUCAAUUGAACGAGAGACGGCUUGCUGGCACAGGUUCUGUGUAAAAAAGGAAUGUAGCAAAAGGUCUUUCAAUUGUGAUCACAGUUUAGGAAAUUACGCAUUUCUAAAUGAUUUUUGCAUUAUAAGUCCACCAAAUACAACAACACCAGAUACAACCUUCUUUGAUUUUGGAAUAUUUUAUGGAGCCCUUAAUUCUGGUGUUGUGCAGUCCAAAAAUUUCUCAGAAAAAUUCUUUCAAUGUUUCUGGUGGGGCUUGCGAAAUCUAAGUUCUCUUGGUCAAAACCUCCAAACAAGUAACUAUGUUUGGGAAAACUUCUUUGCAGCUCUUAUUUCUCUCGUUGGCUUGCUAUUAUUUUCAUAUUUCAUUGGAAAUUUGCAGUUAUACAUGCAGUUGGAUACUGCAAGUUGGGAGAAGAAAAGAAAAAAGGCAAAGGAAGAAAAAUAUAAGAGGAAGCAGCAAAUAAGAAAAAUAAAAAUAUGGAUGUUCAAAUACAAGAUCCCUGGUGAAAUGAAGGGGAAGAUUAUGCAGGAGGUAGAGCGCAAAUUGGAAGAAAAAGAAGAUGUUUGUGUGGAGAACCUGUUAUCACAUCUUCCUCAACUUUUAAGGAACGACAUAAAACGCCACCUCUGCUGGAAUCUACUAAAACAAGUGCCAAAGCUUCAAAAUAUGAAUGAAAAUCUGUUGCAACAGAUAUGCGACUCUCUCAAUCCAAGGUACUACAGCGCGCACAGCUACAUUGUUCGGGAGGGAGACCCAAUUGAUGCGACGUUUUUCAUUAAAGAUGGCAUUGCAUGGACCUAUACAACCAAUAAAGGUGAAGCAAGUGGCUCCUCACAAGCUGAGAGUCUUGAAAGAGAUCAAUUUUUCGGAGAAGAACUAAUUGAAUUGGUGUUGAAAACCCCCUCAUUGUCCAGAUUAUCCAAACUCCCCCUUUCUACGAUGACCGUCAAAACCCAUGGAAAAGUUGAAGCCUUUGCUCUAAUGGCCAGGGACUUAAAUAAUAUACUCCUAAAGAACUGGUUGGAUAAAGACAAAGAGGAAUCGAAACCCUUCGCAGCUAAUGUUAUAAAGACAGCCUGGCUCCGACAUCAUGAAAAGUCCUCCCAUGGCGGCAGAUACUUGAUGCUGAGCUCAGGUACACAAGGCAACUAAAGCACUGCUCGUUCAACAGGUCCAUAUGUAUCAUGCAUGUUGUGUAAGGAAUUCUCUUUCGGUUUUUUUUAGUGAUUGAUGAUUUGCUUUUUUUAGAUUAUUGAAUUAAGACUUGACUAGGGAAAAUAAAUCUCUGUUAAAAUCUAGCAAGUGUUGAUGUAAGGAUGAUUUGUUUUUAUUUAAUUUAUUUGCUGAAAAUGAGGCUUAAUUGAUUCUUCAA